AUGUCGAUUGCGGAAUUCCUGCUCGAUGACCCCAUCAAUCAUGCUCGAUUGAUGGGCUUGGAGGUUGAGGAUAUUCUAGGUGAGGACUUUGCAUUCAGUGUGCCCGAUACCAGCACCAAUCCGCAGGAGUUCGAUAUCUGCAACGGACUGCCCUGGGCCAGGGCUUUCCCAACCCUGAUUCUCGAUGACAGCGACUCCUUCCACUACAGCACGCCCGAGUUGCUUGGGAAGGGACGCCCUGACAAUGCAACCUUGGCUGCGUUCUGGAAAGCCAGUGGAGCCGUUCGUGCAGAUAUUGAGAACGAGCAGUUGGCCAUGCAACUGAUCAAAAGCAAAGUCUUCACAUCGGUAGUUAUCGCUGGCACUGUACAUCGAUCAAAACAGAGUUUCAGAAACUCCGUCCUGCCAAUCCUUCGAUCUUUCGUUGAUGUGGGUGGGAUCGUUGUAGUGCAGAACGGCGCUCGCUGGUUCACGUACAGGGAGGCCUUUGCGGAUGAGAUCAAGUGGACAAGUGGCAAGUCCGCACACGGAUUCGGGGUACACGAAAAGAACAGGCAGCAGGUCCUGCGCCUUUUCCCAGAACAGUCUGUCAAGACCCAGCAGAUCCGUGGCAAGAUCAUGUCAUUCUACGUCGAGGGUGCCCUUCUGAAAGAUGUCCCUGAUGGGGAAGCUUGUUUUUCAAGCGUGGAGGAGGGCUACCCAGCAAAGGACAAUGUUAUUGUCGCAACCAAGCCCAUCAAAAAAGGUUGGCUUCUCUAUGUAGGCGCCUACAGCAUGUGCGACAGCAAUCAUCUGAUAGUUGACUUUCUCCAAGAGAAUGCCAUCAGCAGAAAACAGUUCCACAUGAAUUGUGCCGACAUUGGUUUGUGGCAAGCUGAGAUUGCGCUCACUCCACAAGACUUCGAGCCGGAGGAGGCAUACCAGACAGACGAUGAGAUUGAGGAAACUACACGCGUCGAAAUAAAGAGGGCGCGACAUGGCUGA